UUUUUGACAUGUUUGCACAGGGCGGGCAAAUUUCGCCAUUAUCGAUAGCUUGUGCAGUGGAUUACUAAUUAUGAAUGUAUCACGUGGUGAUAGCCGAUAAGCAUGGCGCAUCUUCCCGUUUUUUCCUCAGCAUCAAAAGACUCGACCAUCUGUAUAUCCUUCGCCAUCCUACCAACACCAUACCUCACCCGAUUCCACUCACCAUGACAUCCCCCUUAAUACUCCUCCCGGGCGACGACAUCCCCCCGGAGAACUUCCCCGCGUCGUCCGGAUCCGCACCCCUCCGACUAGGCCCCGGCCUACGCCUACUCUCCUCACAACCGACCCCCACCACCACCUCCAAGUCCCACACCACCACACACGUUCUCUCCACUACGCAGCCCGGGAUCCUCUCAACAGACCACAAACGAAACGGACUAUCAAUGCAAACCCCGCCAAACAGACGCUACAUACCGACAGCCAACGACCUCGUCAUCGCACAAGUCCACCACUCCAGCCCAGACUACUUCCACUGCGUGGUGACGCCGCAAGCACCGCAGUUACUCUUGGGCCAGCUCUCAUUCGAAGGUGCAAGCAAGAAAACCCGCCCGAUGCUCAAGGGGGGCGAUCUGGUGUACGCGCGCGUGCUAUCUAUGGGGAUGGGGCCCGGCGCGGAGGCCGAGUUGACGUGCGUUAAUCCCGCGACGGGGAAGGCGGAGCCUGGGGGGUUGGGGCCAUUGACUGGGGGGAUGGUGUUCGAUGUGUCUGUUGGGAUGGCGGCGCGGUUGAUGCGCGCGAGCUCCUCGUCGUCGGCGGCGGCGGAGGACGAGGACGGUGCGGUUGCUGGACUGGUGGUUUUGGCGGAGCUGGGGAGGAAGUUGGAGAAGGUGGGGGGCUUUGAGAUUGCUGUUGGGAGGAAUGGGAAGGUUUGGGUGGAUUGUGCGAAUGGGGGUGAUUCCGCUGUGAAGGCGACUGUUGCUAUUGGGCGGUGUUUGAGUGCUAUUGAUGAGUUGGGUUUGGCGCCGGCGGAUCAGAGGAAGUUGGUCUCGAGGGUGUUGCGUGAGAUGAAGAUUGAGUCGUAGGGAGGCGUGGAUGGGCGUUUGGUUCGGCUUUUGCAUUGUUGUGUUGGCAUUUCUUUUAUCUUCGACUCAUGAGCUCUACAUGGAUACACUAUGAACUAGUAUCUUCAGGGGAAAAAAACCCCUAUAACGGGCUAUUCUCAAUACAUGGAUGAAUGAUUGAUCCAAUAAAUU